GCCUGGGUCCGCGGAGAGCCAGGUCCGGCGUGGGGAGGGUUCUUCUCGCCGCGCAGCCUCAGACGGGGCGCUUUGCAGCCGCGGCGGCUGAGCUUGCGCGGUGACCCGCGGGUGGUCCCGAGACGAGGUCGCCUCGGUAAGUUUGGAUUUGCCCGAAGAAAUCUGCGGCGGCUUAGGAAGGUUGCGAGAAGUCUGCACGAGGGCGUAGGACGGUGCUGUGUUGUAUGGAAGCUUCGGAAAGUGAGGACUUGACCAGAAAGGCGGCUCCGUGUGCUUAUGCAGAAGACAAUACGGCUUAGAGCUCAUCUCCAUUAUUGAAGAAUUGAAUUUCACCAUGUCUGGAAUCAAGCGAACAAUCAAAGAAACUGACCCUGAUUAUGAGGAUGUAUCUGUGGCCCUUCCAAAUAAGCGGCAUAAAGCGAUUGAAAGUUCAGCUCGAGAUGCAGCUGUGCAGAAAAUUGAGACUAUUAUUAAGGAGCAGUUUGCUCUUGAGAUGAAGAAUAAGGAACAUGAGAUUGAUGUCAUUGACCAGCGACUGAUUGAAGCCAGAAGGAUGAUGGAUAAGCUCCGGGCCUGCAUUGUAGCAAACUAUUAUGCUUCCGCUGGUCUCCUGAAGGUUUCUGAGGGAUUAAAGACAUUUGAUCCGAUGGCUUUUAAUCACCCUGCUAUCAAGAAAUUUUUGGAAUCACCUUCUAGGUCAUCAUCUCCUACCAAUCAAAGAUCAGAAACACCAUCUGCCAAUCACUCUGAAAGUGACUCUUUAUCUCAGCACAAUGACUUCCUGUCUGACAAAGACAAUAACAGCAACGUGGAUGUGGAGGAAAGACUCUCAAGCACCGGGGAACAGAGACCAAGCCGGAAGACGGGAAGGGACACAUCUAGUAUUAGUGGCUCCCACAAACGGGAACUACGGAAUGCUGACCUCACAGGAGAUGAGACUUCACGACUGUUUGUCAAGAAAACAAUAGUAGUUGGCAAUGUGUCCAAGUACAUCCCUCCAGAUAAGCGGGAAGAAAAUGACCAGUCAACCCAUAAGUGGAUGGUGUAUGUCCGAGGGUCGCGUAGAGAGCCCAGCAUUAAUCACUUUGUCAAGAAAGUUUGGUUCUUCCUUCAUCCUAGCUAUAAACCAAACGAUCUUGUGGAAGUUAGAGAGCCCCCCUUUCAUCUGACUAGAAGAGGCUGGGGUGAGUUUCCUGUCAGAGUGCAAGUUCACUUUAAGGACAGCCAGAACAAGCGGAUAGAUAUCAUACACAACCUGAAGCUGGAUAGAACCUACACUGGCCUACAGACCCUGGGUGCAGAGACGGUAGUGGAUGUUGAGCUUCAUCGGCACUCGCUUGGUGAAGACUACGUUUAUCCUCAGUCGUCUGAAUCAGACGUAUCUGAUGCCCCUCCUCCAACCCUGACGAUUCCAGCCCCCGUGAAAGCCUCACCAGUGGCACAGUCCCCUGAGCCAGCAUCUGCUGCCCCUGUGGGAGAAGGAUUCCCGGAGAGCACUGAAGCUGAGAGACACAGUACAUUUUAUUCUUUACCGUCUUCGUUGGAAAGAACACCCACUAAAGUGACAACAGCACAGAAGGUCACCUUCAGUUCACAUGGGAAUUCUGCCUUCCAGCCCAUCGCAUCAAGCUGCAAAAUUGUGCCACAAAGUCAGGUGCCUAAUCCCGAGUCACCUGGCAAGUCCUUUCAGCCAAUCACCAUGAGCUGUAAGAUUGUCUCAGGUUCUCCAAUAUCAACUCCAAGUCCAUCACCAUUACCUCGCACACCAACUUCCACUCCAGUUCAUUUGAAGCAAGGCACUGCCAGUUCUGGUGUCAGCAACCCUCAUGCUAUUGUGGAUAAGCCUGGGCAGGUCAUUGGAGCCUCCACUCCAAGUACAGGAAGUCCUACAAGCAAGCUCCCAGUGGCCUCUCAGGCUUCCCAAGGAACAGGGUCCCCUAUUCCUAAGAUUCAUGGAAGUAGUUUUUUGACAUCUACUGUGAAGCAGGAGGAUUCUUUAUUCGCAUCUAUGCCACCUCUUUGCCCAAUUGGUAGUCACCCUAAAGUGCAGAGCCCCAAAGCUGUGACUGGAGGACUUGGCGCUUUCACAAAGGUGAUCAUCAAACAGGAACCUGGAGAAGCUCCUCAUGUGUCCACAACAGGAGCUGCGAACCAGUCAGCAUUCCCUCAGUAUGUGACUGUGAAAGGGGGUCACAUGAUAGCUGUGUCCCCUCAAAAGCAGGUCGUAAGUGCUGGAGAAGGGAGCACUCAGUCACCAAAGAUUCCACCCUCCAAGGUUGUUGGUGUGCCUGUUGGCUCUGCCUUACCUUCCACAGUGAAACAGGCUGUAGCAAUCAGUAGCGGCCAAAUCCUUGUUGCCAAGGCCAGCUCUUCUGUCACCAAAGCUGUUGGUCCAAAACAAGUUGUGACUCAAGGAGUUGCCAAAGCAAUCGUGAGUGGAGGUGGAGGGACCAUUGUCGCUCAGCCAGUGCAGACCUUAACCAAGACUCAGGUCACAGCUCCUGGGCCGCAGAAGAGUGGCUCCCAGGGCUCAGUAAUGGCCACCUUGCAACUACCAGCCACUAAUUUGGCCAACCUGGCAAACUUGCCUCCGGGCACUAAACUGUACCUUACCACGAACAGCAAGAACCCCUCAGGAAAAGGGAAGCUGCUGCUGAUUCCUCAAGGAGCCAUCCUGCGAGCUACCAACAAUGCCAACCUGCAGUCUGGCUCGGCUGCUGCUGGUGGCAGUGGCAGCAGUGGUGCAGGGGGAGGCAGUGGAGGUGGCGGUGGCAGCGGAGCAGGAGGAACCCCAAGCACCUCUGGCCCAGGAGGGGGGCCCCAGCACCUGACUUACACAUCCUACAUCCUCAAGCAAACCCCCCAGGGUACAUUUUUAGUUGGCCAACCAUCACCCCAAACACCCGGAAAACAACUGACUACUGCAUCAGUUGUUCAAGGAACACUGGGAGUCAGUUCAUCGUCUGCACAGGGACAACAGACACUGAAAGUCAUCUCUGGACAGAAAACCACUUUGUUUACACAGGCAGCCCCUGCUGGGCAGGCAUCACUGCUGAAGUUACCUGACAACACCCUGAAGUCGGUGCCAGCAGCUCCACAGCUCGCCAAGCCUGGGACCACGAUGCUGCGAGUGGCAGGGGGCGUGAUCACAGCUGCUCCCUCCCCUGCAGUGGCCUUCUCAGCAAAUGGCGCUGUACACCAGUCUGAAGGAUCAGCCCCUGUGUCAUCCUCUGUCAGUUCUAUAAUCAAAACUCCGGGUCAGCCACAAGUGUGUGUAAGCCAGGCCACCAUGGCGACCUGCAAGGGCACAGCUGCUGCUGCCGUCACUGCCGCAUCCCUGGUGUCCGCACCAAGCUCCAUCUCUGGGAAAGCCACAGUGUCAGGGUUGUUAAAAGUUCAUUCUGCUCAGUCCAGUCCCCAGCAGGCUGUCCUGACAAUUCCCAGUCAGCUCAAACCACUGAGCAUCAACACCUCUGGUGGCGUGCAGACUGUCUUGAUGCCUGUGAAUAAAGUGGUUCAGUCGUUUUCUACCAGCAAAUUACCUACUACUGUCCUGCCCAUAAGUGUUCCAAAUCCAGCUGUCCCCAGCUCUGCUCCAGUAGCAAUUGCCAAAGUGAAGACUGAACCAGAAACUCCUGGGCCAAACUGCAUCUCACAGGAGAGCCAGGUAGCAGUGAAAACAGAAGAGAGCUCUGAGCUAAGCAACUAUGUCAUUAAGGUAGACCAUUUGGAGACUACCCAGCAGCUCCUGACGGCAGUAGUGAAGAAGAUCCCAUUAAUUACUGCAAAGGGUGACGAUGCCAGCUGCUUUUCUGCGAAGUCCUUGGAGCAGUAUUAUGGCUGGAACAUUGGGAAGAGGAGAGCUGCUGAGUGGCAAAGGGCAAUGACAGUACGAAAAGUGUUACAAGAAAUCCUGGAGAAGAAUCCAAGAUUCCACCACCUGACACCCCUCAAGACCAAGCACAUUGCUCACUGGUGCCGCUGCCACGGUUACACCCCACCAGACCCCGAGAGCCUGCGACAUGAUGGAGACUCAAUUGAGGAUGUGUUGACCCAGAUUGACAGUGAGCCAGAGUGCCUGUCAUCCUUCUCCACUGCUGAUGACCUCUGCCGGAAGCUGGAGGAUCUGCAGCAGUUCCAGAAAAGGGAGCCUGAGAAUGAGGAAGAAGUGGAUAUCCUCAGCCUGUCAGAGCCACUGAAGACAAACAUUAAACAGGAGCAGGAAGAAAAGCAGGAAGAAAUGAGAUUCUACCUGCCACCAACCCCAGGCUCGGGAUUUGUUGGUGACAUUACACAAAAGAUUGGAAUCACCCUGCAGCCUGUGGCGCUGCACAGGAACAUGUAUGCCUCAGUGGUAGAGGACAUGAUCUUAAAGGCCACGGAACAGCUGGUGAGUGACAUCCUGAGGCAGGCACUGGCAGUUGGAUACCAGACAGCGUCUCCCAACAGGAUUCCCAAAGAAAUUACAGUGAGUAAUAUUCAUCAGGCCAUUUGCAACAUUCCUUUUCUGGAUUUUCUUACAAACAAGCACAUGGGGAGACUGAACGAGGAUCAGUGAAUACAGUGAAGAGAUCCCUGAACGGCGGGGGAGAGGCUGUGUCUGCAGUAUGCAAACCGUGACCCUUGUGUUUGAGGAAAGCUGCUGUUUCUGGGUUGGAACGCCGUGGUUGCCAGACCAUUCCUUCCAUCUAACUGCAUAUUACACAAGGGCAUCGAGUCCCAGGUGCCCCUCUUUUAAGACAGAGUUGCUUCCCAGUUCUGGAGGGAAGCUGAACGGACGUGGCUUUGUCAGUUUGCGUUUCUUUAUUCCCACAAGGCUCUGCAGGGUCUUGGUGUGAGACAAGGAACAUACACGGGGUGCUUGUUCCCUCUGUGGACUGUGCGUGGGUUCACCUGCAGCCUGCUUUUCAGAAGGCAGAAAUAAGCCCGGCAUGCUGGGCUGGGGAACUUUGAAGAAGAACAGCAACAAGUACCUUCUCCCACCUUGCCUCAGCGUAAAGGGCUGCACUCUUGGCCGGUGUGAGUCAGCUACAGAGAAGGUAAUACACCAUGUGGGAGGCCAAGGAGGCUGCAGUGAGACUCUUCCACGGAACCAUGACGCUAGUGCUGUGACAGCCUGUAUCACAGCACUGUUGAGGGGUCCCAGCAGAGUUCAGAAGGCAUCAGGCCUGUGCCGUGUAACCCAGGGACUGCAAGGGUUAGUGUGGGUAUCGACCUCAAAGUCAGGCCCUUGAGCCGUGUGUGGUCCUCCUAUUCAUAUGGGCUUCAGAAGCUCCUACUGCCUCGUGUCAAGGGGAGGGAGGCAGCCUCCGUGCAAACCUUACUAGGAUUGUCCUCUUGGUGGACUGGAGCCCUGUCCUUCUCUGCCAAAGAGUUUUACCAAGAUGAAAAGGGUUGAAACACCUGUGAGUGCCUUACAUGGGAAGAACUGCUCUAACCCACUGUGCUAAUGCUCGGGAGCGGAGCCCCUCAGUGCGAGCUGCACACACGAGCUUCUAGCACCACUACACAGUGUGCACACACUGGGGGCUCCCCAGCCCUCCUGACGAUUAUGGGGACCCAGGAAAGACCUCAGCCUCAGUUGUAAACCUGCUUUGUCUGCUCAAAGAAAACUUGAAAUAUCUGAGUAAAAGUCACAGAAACCCAGCUAAGUAAGCAACAUAAAGCCUGUUGUUUCGGGUCCUGCAGAUCGGUGUGAGUCAGGGAACACUGCAGGGAGGAUAGAAUGGACCUUUCCUUCCGCACCUGAGAGCUGCAGGUACCAAGGGAUCUACCGUGCAGGGACCGGGCAAGCACAGCUUACUGGUAUAGCUGGGUGUAUAAGACUUAAGAAUUUGGUCUGUGGACCAAAUAGCAGACUGAUGCGCUGACACAGAUCUGUCAGAAGUGGGCAGACUUACAUGGUAGAGUAUCCCAGUGAGAGCAGAUUCAUUUGUUGUGAUAAAAACUUAAAGAAAUUACUUUUUUGCUAAAAACAAAAAUCAAAUGACUUAACAGUUUCCGUGUAUGUUAAACUUUCGAGUGUUUUUUUAAAUCAUAAUGUGUAAUAAUUGUGUAUCGUUUUGUCUACAAUAAAAUGUUUAGUAUUUGCGAUGGGUUUUCUGAGCUGGAAGCACCGU